AUAAUAAAAAAUACAAUAUUAGACAAAAUUCAAAAUGGCGAAAGUAAGACGAGGUCGUUUUACUCUCUCAACCAAUAUUAUUAUGACAGCAUCCUUGAUUACCAGGACUCUGGCUUUCGGAUAUAUAAUGAUGUCAAUCUACAUCAAAGUUGGCGAUGACAUCUUGGAUGAAGACGUCAUUAAAGUUGUGGAUAUGGAAGACGUGGCCGGCAUGCCUCUUGGGACAACAAUGAAAUCCAUUGUGUGGUCCUUGAUUGGUGUUUUUGUUCUCGAACUUCUUGCUGGAAUAUUUGGUAUUUGGGGAGCUAUUGGACGAAAAGAGCGAAUGCUAGCGAUAACCGUUUUGAUGAGUUCAUUGAUGAUUAUAAUCUACGGUAUAUACUUAGUGAUUCUUUCUAUAUUAUACCAUCAGAAAUCAAGCCUACGUGAUACAUUGUACACUUAUACGCAAGCUUAUCACCAAGGAACUUCUUACAUUUCAAGCACAUACUAUUGGUCUACGUUUCCAAGCUUUUUAUCUAAGUUAGGAUGUGAUGGAAUAAACACACCUGGUGUUUAUUACUGCUAUGAAAACUUCAAUGAACAACUAAGUAGUUACCUGAAAACCUAUUUUGGUUUGAUUGUAACCUCUAUCGUCUGCCAGAUAGUAACUAUAGUUGCAACAGAAUAUACAUACAGGAAGUUUGAGUUUAAAGAAAAGAAACCGAGAAUUUCAGACAACAAGUAUUAUUUACUGUUAACUUUACAGCAUGGAAUAUUUCGAAGUUUUGCCAUAUUUGUAAGAGAUAAUUGGAAAAGGUCAAAAUUGAUGUUUAUAUCAGUUAGCUUCAAGAUUUGUUCACUUGUAAUUGGAACUGGACUAACAGGGCUUGGACUAACACUGAUUGGUGAUAAAUUCAUACAUGAUUCAUCAUUAAGAUAUAUAUUUAAGCAAAUUCAAUUCCACAAUUACUAUUUUUAUGAUAUUCUUGUGGGUUUAGCUGCUUCGGCUGUAGUGAUUGGCAUUUUAACGAUGGUUACAUCUAUAACUGGUUUAAUUGGUUCAUGGAGAAAGUCAUCAAAACUAUUGCUCACGAGUUCUGUUAUGUCGAACAUUUUACACAUUCCGAGAAUCAUUGCUAUAAUUAUAUGGAUUUAUCUAGUAGAAGAGAUUGACGAUGGAAUGAAAUUUCAACUCGGUCUACAACAGCAAGGUUACUACUACGGCGGUAGCCAGAACACACUCACAAGAAAUUGGAAUGAAAUGAUAAUGACAUUACAAUGCUGUGGAGUAAAUUAUUAUUACGAAACUUGGUCCACUACGUAUGGAAAUAGAUUUUGUUGUACAAAUGCUCAUGAAAGUCGUAUGGAUCCAGGAAACCAUUAUAACAAUAAUGAUAAUAAUAUUUUGUAUUAUUUUGGUGGAUGUUAUGAGCACAAAACUGAUACAUGUACAGAUGUCAUUUUGUUUAAAACCAGAAUGUAUAUUGGUUGGUUCCUAGCAAUUUUGUUGCUGCAGGUAGUCAUUGAGAUUUUAGGUUUGAUAUUUGCGAACAAAGAAUAUCUGUUUAUAUCUACACUGAAAAACGUGGAAACCAAGACGGAAAAUGAAUCAACUGCAACAUCAAUUUUCAGGACAGCAUUUCAAGGGAUGCAAUCUUUCCUCAUGAAUAAAUGGAGAAGAUCGAGAAUGACAUUGGUGUACCUCAUUUCACUUAUAAUUUUGUUUAUAUCAAAUGUUGGUUUACUUGGAAUAGCAAUACACAUACGAUAUGAUACAGUGUUUGGAAAUUCAGAUAUCAAGGAAAUACUUUCGAGAUUUAGCAUUGCAGAACACACACUCAGCAAAGCUCUAAACAUAUUUUCUAUCGUGGUUUCAACCUUUUCGUCACUGUCGAUUGUUGCAAUUAUGUACUCUAUUGUUUCCAUUGUUUCAUGGAGAUGGAGGAGAAUAUUUUUAUAUACAAGUGCUGGAUUGUGGAGUGUUAUUUUGGUUGCGAGUAUAGCACAGAUAGGUUUAUGGGGGAAAUUUAUCUCGAGUGUAGAUUCAGAUUUAGAGGGAAAAAUGAGAACGGAGUUAACCAGUCAAUAUAGCUAUAUGUAUUCUCAUGCAUCAGGCCACCAUCACCGUGAAACAUCAUUAUCUUGGAAUACAUUAUUUGUAAAGGCUGAAUGCUGUGGUGUUGGGACUUACAUGCCGGACUCAUUUACCUCAUCGGAUUGGUAUAUGUACCGGCGUGAUUCGACCUCCCAACGUAUUCCAGUGCAGUGUUGUAAAUCUCAGACAGAAGUGUAUCCAUAUACCAGUAUAUCUGACACGGACUGUACAUAUAAUCUAUUUAACGGUUAUUACCAUAGUCAGGGAUGUGAUUCUGUAGUUGAAGGUAGAUUAAAAAUGUACAGCAUACCGUUCUUUGUGUUUAUGGCAGUCGUCAUUUUAGCUGAGAUUUCGUGUAUAGUGAUGACAAUAUAUGACGCCAUUCACCUACCAGCUGAACCAAGUACUAUGCACGUAGAAGAGAAAGCAAAUGAAGGAGAUGUAGAAAUAUUAGAAGUACAUGAAAAAUCCACAUCAAAACCUACAAGCACUGUUUCUGAUAAAAAAGAUAAGAAAAAGAAGAAAAAAAAAGAGAAAUCCGAAAACAUUGCAAAAAGUGAGAGGCAACAAUCGACUGAAAAACAGAAAUCAUUCGUAAAGCAAGAUACUGCUGAAACGGAGAAAAUCAAAGACAAUAUUGAAAUACAGUCGUUGGAAGAGACAAAGACAGAAAAUGAAAGAAUGAGAACGAAUACUGAGGAAAUGCUUGAUUCGAAACAUUUCAAUAAAACAGAAAACACAAACAAUGACAAAAAAGAGGAAGCAGACACAAUAGAUCAACACAAAAACGAUGAAACAGAAAACAUGCAUCAAGAAAAAGGAGAUAACACAAUGAAAGACACCAGUAUACAAAUUACUGAAGAAACAGAUUCAGAUAAAACCGAAUUGAAAGACAAAUUAAUAGCAGAUGUUGACGCAGAAAAUUUAGUCGAAGAAGAUUUAUAGUGUUGAAUUCGAGUAUGGCAUGAUACUUUAUGCUAUAUAUUCGUCAUUAUAUAACAAAACACAACAUGUUACAUUUUGAUUUAAAAUUUUAAACUUUAAACUGUCUACAUAAAUAAAAUCACGUUUUCGAAUUUUUAGAUAUAUUUAUAUAAAUAAAUUAUUGUGUGCAA